AUGGCUUUGUUCUGGGUCUCUAAGGGUUUAGGGCCAAACGUUGGAAAUUUGGCUAGAAGUCAAUAUUCUUCAAAUUUUGUUUUAACUAAUGGUUCAAAAUUAUUAUAUUCUUCUUUAAGGAAUGCCAAAGAUGUUAGAUCUUCGCCCACUGCCAUUGUAUUUAUGAACAUGGGAGGUCCUUCCACUUUAGAUGAAACUCAUGAUUUUUUGUAUGAAUUAUUUUCAGAUAAUGAUUUAAUACCAAUAAGUCAAAAAUAUCAGAGGUACAUUGCUAAACAAAUAGCUAGGUUUAGAACACCAAAAAUCCAACAACAGUAUAGUGAGAUCGGUGGUGGUUCACCUAUUAGAAGGUGGUCCGAGCAUCAGGCUGAGAAAGUUUGUAAAAUUUUAGAUAAAUCUUGUCCAGAGACUGCUCCACAUAAGCCUUAUGUUGCAUUCCGUUAUGCAAGACCUUUGACUGAUGAAACUUACAAACAACUAAUGGACGAUGGAAUUAAAAGGGCUGUUGCGUUUUCCCAAUAUCCACAGUUUUCUUAUUCGACGACUGGUUCAUCAUUGAAUGAACUGUGGAGACAGAUAAAGGCCCUAGAUCCGGAUAGAAGCAUCAACUGGUCUGUAAUAGAUAGAUGGCCGACUCAUGAAGGUUUAGCUAAUGCAUUUGCUGAAAAUAUUAAGAAAAAAUUACAAGAGUUCCCAGAAGAUAUUAGAAAAGAUGUUGUAUUAUUGUUUUCUGCUCAUUCUUUACCAAUGGAUGUAGUAAAUACCGGUGAUGCUUAUCCAGCGGAAGUGGCUUCAACUGUCCAUAGAGUAAUGGAGGUUUUAAACUUUAGUAAUCCAUAUAGAUUGGUUUGGCAGUCGCAGGUGGGUCCAAAGCCCUGGUUAGGUGCCCAAACCGCAGAGAUCACUAAAUUUUUGGAGGCCAAUGAAAAAGGUUUAAUAUUCAUUCCUAUUGCUUUCACUUCUGAUCAUAUAGAAACAUUGCAUGAAGUAGAUCUAGGAAUUAUUGGCGAGUCAGAUCAUAGCCAUAAAUUAAAAAGAUGUGACUCCCUAAAUGGAAGCGAGACAUUUAUCAAUGCAUUAGCAGACGUUGCUAAAAAUCAUUUAAAGAAGCAAGAACUAUACUCAAGACAAUUGCCAUUAGAUUUCAAAUUAGGGAAGUCCAACGAUCCAAUUAAAGAUUUAUCUUUAGUAUUUGGUGAUCAUAGCAAAGAUCAAAAGUAA